GGGUUCGUUCCGUGCGUUGCCGGGCCCCGCUAACGCAGCCCGGCUGCCCUGCGCCGCCCGGGGCGUCUGAUGCUGACAGCAGACGGGUCCUGCUGCCGCCAGACCUGGACAGCGGCGUUCGCUCUUUGCCUCGCCCCAGAAACCGGCUGCUGGCCCGGCCUGAGUCCGCAAACACUUGCGCGCCUGCUUCACUUUACUCCCCGGUGGGGGGGUGGGGGGUGGAAGGAGUGGGACUUACAGGGGUGAGGGAAGUUAAGGCUCAGGCCCCUCACUGCCAGUGCUCAGCACCUGCGAAGAUCAGGGCACUGCUGGAGGGGUUUGUUUCUUAAUAUUGGCUUUGAUCCAUUGCUUUAAGCCUGUGUGGAGUAGUCCCAUUGACUGCUCACAUGUCGAAAGUGACACUUGGAUGCCGUGCGGUUGUAGUCCCGUGAGUCCCUGGAUGCUGGAGAGACAAGAUGUGGAUGAGUGUGCCCAAGGGACUGAUGACUGUCAUCCAGAUGCUAUUUGUCAAAACAUUCCAAAGCUGUACAAGUGCACAUGCAAACUGGGUUACAGUGGUGAAGGGAAAACGUGUGAAGACAUUGAUGAAUGUGAUAAUGACUUCAAUGGAGGCUGUGUACAUGAAUGUUUCAACAUUCCAGGCAAUUAUCGCUGUACUUGUUAUGAUGGCUUCAUGUUGGCUCACGAUGGCCAUAAUUGUCUCGAUACGGAUGAAUGCAUGUUCAACAACGGUGGUUGCCAGCACCUUUGUGUCAAUACCGUGGGGAGCUAUGAGUGUCGUUGUAAGGCAGGGUUCUUCCUGAGUGACAACCAGCACACAUGCAUUCACCAUUCCGAAGAUGGCAUGAGCUGCAUGAAUAAAGACCAUGGCUGUGCCCAUAUCUGCAGAGAAGCACCGAAAGGAGGAGUGGCAUGUGAAUGCAGACCUGGAUUUGAACUGGCCAGGAACCAGAGGGACUGCAUUUUGACAUGCAAUCAUGGGAAUGGUGGGUGUCAGCAUACAUGUGAGGAUGCCGAUGAUGGGCCCAUUUGUGGAUGUCACCCAAAGUACGCAGUGCACUCAGAUGGGAAAACCUGCCUUGAAAGAGAGGAGGCUGUAGCUGAGAUCUCUGAGAGCAAUGCCACAGCAGGAGCUGAUGUGGAUAAGCGAGUAAAGCGGCGGCUGAUCAUGGAAACAUGCGCUGUAAAUAAUGGUGGAUGCGACCGCACUUGCAAAGACACCUCGACUGGAGUUCACUGCAGCUGUCCCAUUGGAUUUACACUCCAGUUUGAUGGGAAGACAUGUAAAGAUAUUGAUGAAUGCCAGGCCAGCAAUGGAGGCUGUGAUCAUUUUUGUAAAAACACUGUUGGCAGUUUUGAUUGCAGCUGCAAAAAAGGAUUUAAAUUAUUGACCGAUGAGAAGUCUUGUCAAGACAUUGAUGAAUGUUCUUUUGAAAGGACAUGUGACCAUACGUGCAUCAAUCAUCCAGGCUCUUUUGAGUGUAGUUGUAACAAAGGAUACACUCUCUAUGGCUUCACGCAUUGUGGAGAUAUUAACGAAUGUAGCAUCAACAAUGGAGGCUGCCAGCAGACCUGUGUGAACACAUUGGGGGAUUAUUACUGUCAGUGUCAUUCCAGCCACAAAUUACACUGGAAUAAAAAGGACUGUGUCGAGAUAGAGGGGUCCCUGCCUGAUAAUAUAUCACCCAAAGUAUUGCUGUCCUGUACAAAGAGCGAUAGGAGCGAUAAAUGCAUCUUAAACUGUCCCUCCGAGGUCCAUUUGAUUUCUGGAAUGCAAGACGCCUACACUCUUACCUGUGGCAGCUCUUCUCAGCUUAAGAAAAAACAGCAAAAUACAAAUGAAUCUACUUGCCUCGAUACCUCAACCAUCAAGACAAGUGUAACCUUUAAGUUUAAUGAAGGAAAAUGUAGUUUGAAAAAGACUGAGAUGUUUCAAGAAGGACUGCAACAGAUAAUACCAGAUUAUCGUAACUCAGUAAUGGAGAGCUUCUACUAUGUAAACCUAAAAUGCAGCUCUGGAAUGAAAGUUCUCGGCGCCGUCAGCAGACCCACGACAGCUAAAGAAAUGUUUAUCACAGUGGACUUUGAGCUUGAGACAAACCAACAGGAGGUGACAGACACAUGUGAUUUGAGCUGUGCUCGAAAAAGGACUGAGAAGAGACUCCGCAAAACAAUUAGAACCUUGCGGAAGGCAAUCAACAGGGAGCAAUUCCAUGUUCGUCUCUCUGGCAUGGACCAUGAAGUGGCCGAAAAGUCUCCCAGACUCUCGAAUCCACAGGAGUUCUGUGGCAUGGGACAAAUGCGUGUGGAUAACAGAUGUGCUAGCUGCAGUGUCGGAACAUACUAUGAUGGGGAACAAGAACUCUGUGUUUUAUGCCCUAAUGGAACAUACCAAGAUGAGGAAGGACAAAUAACUUGUGAACCUUGCCCAAGUCCUCAGAACCUGGGAAACCAAAAAUUAGCUGGAGCUCGGGAUAUGUCCGAAUGUGGAGGUCAGUGCUCACGGGGUGAAUAUUCCUCUGAUGGCUUCAAGCCCUGUCUGCCUUGUCCCUUUGGAACAUACCAACCUGAAGCUGGCCGGACAGCCUGCUUUCCAUGUGGAGGAGGCCUGACAACAAAAUACAGCGGUGCAUCAAUGUUUCAGGACUGCGAGACGAAAGUUCAAUGUUCACCUGGUCAUUUUUAUAAAACUACAACUCACCGAUGUAUUCGCUGCACAGUUGGGACCUACCAACCUGAGUUUGGUCAAAAUUAUUGUAUUUCAUGCCCUGGAAACACCACUACUGAUUUUGAUGGAUCAACAAACAUAACCCAGUGUAAAAAUAGACACUGUGGAGGUGAACUUGGAGAUUUCACUGGAUAUGUUGAAUCCCCAAACUAUCCUGGGAAUUACCCUGCGAACAUUGAAUGUACGUGGACUAUAAAUCCACCUCCUAAGCGCCGCAUUCUGAUUGUGGUUCCAGAAAUAUUUCUGCCAAUAGAAGAUGAAUGUGGAGACUACCUGGUGAUGCGAAAAAGUUCUUCCUCCAAUUCUGUGACCACAUAUGAAACCUGCCAAACCUACGAACGCCCUAUAGCUUUCACAUCUAGGUCUAAAAAACUGUGGAUCCACUUCAAGUCAAAUGAAGGGAAUAGUGCCAAAGGAUUCCAGGUGCCUUAUGUAACAUAUGAUGAGGAUUACCAGGAGCUAAUAGAAGACAUAGUUCGGGAUGGUAGACUCUAUGCAUCUGAAAAUCACCAAGAAAUACUUAAGGAUAAGAAGCUGAUAAAGGCAUUGUUUGAUGUCUUGGCACAUCCACAGAACUACUUCAAGUACACAGCACAAGAGUCUAGAGAGAUGUUCCCACGAUCCUUUAUUCGACUGCUGCGCUCUAAAGUUUCCAGAUUUUUGAGGCCUUACAAAUAACCGGUCCUACAUUUUGAACACUAAACAGCCCCUAAUGAUGCAGCAGAGCAUUGGGAUGGGUGAGGCUGUGUCUGAGUGUUUUGCACACUGGCAGAGAGACUGCAGGGAAGCUCUCCAAUUAGUUCUUUUGCAGAGUAUGGCUUUCACAGCUAAUAUAAAUGUUUUUGGUGAACAGAAUUUUGAUUCCUUUCCAGAUGAUCCCUUUCGGGUCACAAGAUGCUCUCCGGGUUAAGUGUCUGUUGGAUUAGAGACUGGCAAUGUUUUCUGUAAUUAAAUGAUGCCAGGCAUGAUAUCUUCAGAGCUCUGUCCUGUUGCUGCAUCAGUAACACAAAAGCUAAUAAAUGUGGAUGUGCUAAGUA